AGGGAACUAGCGGAUGCUAACAUGAUAGAGAACUACCUACCUAGGUAUAUUCUCUGAGAAUUAUUAGUAUACAUCAGUUCUUAUUUCUUUUGCAGUUAUAUUUUUUCUGAUACUGCAAACCAGCCGCGGUUAACAAUUCUGCUUGCGCGACGCUAUAUGCGAAUGCUAGCUUCAGACAACCAGAAUUAGUUCCUAUGAUGACUGCGUGCCACGACCCUGCAUCUCGCAAACUAGUUGCUACAUUCGGAUGCAGGAAAUAUCCUUCUCAUCUAUCGGAACCUGUAGGCUAUGUCAUCAGCAGGGCCACAAGAAAGAGAAGUGCGCCUUCAGGGCUGACGAUAAAGGAACUUGGUCAAAGGGGGAUCAUUCUAUUCGCAAAAGUUCAUCUAAAAACGGAAGAGAGAUAACCGGCUGGAUACUUGAACGGGCUAUAAUCAUUCCGGCCACCGUAGGAGCUGUGCGGUUAUCCGGUCGGGCAAUAAGAAAUAAACUGUACUUCGCAACCUCCCCCGGGAACCUCAUGUUGUAUGUUGCUAAAAAGAAAAAUGGGAUUUUCUAGCAGCUCCCAGUUGUAUAGAGACAGAUGGGAGAUGACAUUAAUGAGGCAGCAGCGGAUUCUGAGGCGAGGCGCGUUUUCUGUCUCGAUUAGAAGCCUCUCCAUCACAUCAAGAUCUCCUUUUCGGGGUACUAAAUACCAC